UUAUAUGAAUAUUCUAUCAUAUAUUAUAUUUAACAUUUACUUUAUAAUAAUAACAGGCCCUGAUUUAUGCAUGUGCAGGCGGUGCACUAGCACAGGGCCCCCAAAUUUGAAGGGCCCCUUUGGCCUUCCAAUUCUAUACUUUGCUACCAUAAAUAAAAGAUAUUUUUAAUAAGAUUUAGUAAGUAGUAACUAUAACCUAUUUAAGGAGGCUGCAGCAUGCGUAGUUUUCAUACGGCUUACACUAAUCACUAAUAAGCCAUCGAUAGUUAUAUCAGUCGAUGAGUUAUCGGUCAGUGAUAAUACUAAUAAUACUCAAUGAUAUUAUCAAUGGUAAUAAUGUUUAUAAACAAUAAAAACCACUUACCAAAAACUAAGACUUUUAAGUCUGUGAUUUAUUGUGGUUAUUUAUUAUUUAUAAUGUCAUCCAAAAGAAAAUAUGCUUCUGGAUAUGAAAAAAGAAAGUUGAAAAACAAACGUGAAGAAGAAAACAAAAAGUUAAGCGGUUCACUAUCAAAAUUUGUUAACUGCUCUUCCUCUGAAACUGUGGUGCCCAAAAAUAAAACAGAAGGACCAGAAGAUCUUGAUGUAUCGAUCAGUAUCAAUGAUCCUGAAGCUGAAGCACUAACAGAUGAUGCAAAUAAAAAUAAAAAUACCUGUAUCAUAGAUGUCAAUGUUGAAAAUAUUAGUGAACCUGAUGAGACUGUCGAGACUGUCGAGAUUGGAGAUGGCAUUGUUAAUAAUUCAAAUAAUGAAAAUAAAAAUAAAUUAGCAAGUUGUAAGUUAACUAAAACUCAUACAUACUAUACUUUAGUCAUAACCAAUUACCAUUAAAUUACCUAAUAAAUUUAUGUUCCUUGUCAUAUCUUAUUAGAUACAUGUAU